AUGUCUUCGGUCCCCAAACAGCAGAUUGCCUCCCAGGUGGCCCGGCUCCCACUGGUCAAAUUCUCCCAUACAACCACCUCUAUCGACCACAGUGGUCCAUUGUCCUGGAUCCAUAUCAAUGGCCACGGGGGCCUUGUUUGUCUGUUAGACAAGUUUUCUGGGAGCCCCUCGACACCAUCAAGGCUGAUCCUGCGAGUUCUGAACAAUCAUGGGAUUCUGGAGCAAUUUGACCUGGAGCACUUCGUACGAAUUUUCUCCACUUAUCCGCAAUCAGUCUCGAACCAAUCACUCUCUAAACCAACGUUUGCCGUAGUGGUCAAGUCGCCUUGUCUCGCAGUGAAAUACGCACAGAGUCAAACUCACGUCCGUCGAUUCCAACUCAAGUUCUUUCAGGACCGGGACUACUAUACAGCACUUGCCAUUUUGAGUGAGAUCAACUGCCCAUUGACAGAAGGAAGUGCAUCCACACAGACACUGCAGAGACCACCCUCAACUUGUUCAUGGACGUCGGUCCCCUCCGUCCAAUUGUCAACUGUCAACUUGAAAGAUGUGAACAAUGCGAUGACUCCGGACAGCAAUGCCCCCGGCCCCUUCCACUCCAUGGCCGGAUAUGAGCCCGGCCUACACAGAAACUCAAGCCAGGGCUCUAAUGCCACUUCUGUCCAAGAAAACACGAGGCACAUUGAAUCAGAGUCUCAGUAUCUGGAGCAGGGAAGAGCCAGCAGCCGACCUGUCCCCUCGCCGGCUUACCACGACGAGGGUCAACUCAAUCGGAUGUUGCCACCCAGACGAGAACUGCCCUUCUCAAAGACAGGGAAGAGAAAAUCCCGAGCCGACUUCAGCUCAAAUGAGACGGCUUCGAAGCAAGUCCUUCCGCAAUCCUCAGCUGAGCAGCCAACGAAUGCAGCCGGGUCUCAGCGACUGGACUCAUUGAACGAGAACAACGCGCCCUCGCGCCAAGAUUCAUACAUCCCCGACUCACAGCCCCAAUCCCAACCUCUGGUUUCAACCCAGCCAGAUCCUACGCGGAAAUCACCUGAACUCCCAAAUAUCCAGCCAUAUCCCGCCGCACCAAAUGAACAACCCCGUAGAACAAUGGUCCAAAUCGGAUCGCCCGAGUUUCCCCGCGCUGAUUACAAUGGUGAUACUACUCAGCUAGUGCAGACACAGGAGUAUAUUCCCGCUUGCCCAGCUACAUCUGUCGAGGACCGGCUUGAGCAGUAUAUUGCCUCUCCAAGUGCAGAGCGGAUUGCCUUCUUGGAGAACUGGAUGUGCGAACUGAUUGAUGACGAUAAGUUCCUUGCUCUGUGUCAAGAUGUUGAGGGGACAUGGAGGCGCUUUGCGUUUGGGAAGAAGAGAUAG